AUGCAGCAGCCGGGCGGAGCGGACGGGAGCCUCCCGCUGCUGCUCCCGCUGCUGCUGCUGCUGCGCGCCGGGAGCCGAGCCGAGCCCGGGGACACCACGCAAGGAGUGAAUUCCUCGGUUGUUGCUGAUUUCAUGCCCACAUCGUCAUGGAACAUCUCAAGUGAAUUAGAUAAAGAUUAUUUCCUGACUCUGGACGAACCCAUGAACAACAUCACCACCACCCUGGGCCAGACUGCAGAGCUUCACUGCAAGGUGUCUGGGAACCCCCCUCCCACAGUGAGGUGGCUGAAGAACGACGCUCCCGUGGUGCAGGAGCCCCGCAGGAUCUCCUUCCGAGCCACUCCCUACGGCUCCCGCCUGCGCAUCCGCAACCUGGACACCACCGACACCGGCUACUUCCAGUGCGUGGCCACCAAUGGCAGGAGGACCGUGUCCACCACUGGCGUGCUCUUUGUCAAGUUUGGUCCCCCGCCAACAGCAAGCCCAGGAUCCUCGGAUGAGUAUGAGGAGGAUGGGUUUUGCCAGCCUUACAGGGGCAUUGCCUGUGCCCGCUUCAUUGGGAACAGAACCAUCUACAUGGAGUCCUUGCACAUGCAGGGGGAAAUAGAAAAUCAGAUUACAGCUGCCUUCACCAUGAUCGGCACGUCCAGCCAUCUGUCGGAUAAAUGCUCCCAGUUUGCCAUCCCCUCCCUGUGCCACUACGCCUUCCCCUACUGCGACGACGCCUCCUCGGCUCCCAAGCCUCGGGAUCUGUGCCGGGAUGAGUGCGAGAUCCUGGAGAACGUCCUGUGCCAGACCGAGUACAUCUUUGCCAGGUCCAACCCCAUGAUCCUGAUGAGGUUGAAGCUCCCCAACUGCGAGGACCUGCCCCAGCCCGACAGCCCCGAGGCUGCCAGCUGCAUCCGCAUCGGGAUUCCCAUGGCGGAUCCCAUAAAUAAAAACCACAGGUGCUACAACAGCACGGGCGUGGAUUACCGGGGCACGGUGAGCGUGACGCGCUCGGGGCGGCAGUGCCAGCCCUGGAACUCGCAGUACCCCCACACCCACACCUUCACUGCUGCCAGGUACCCCGAGCUCAACGGGGGCCACUCCUACUGCAGGAACCCCGGCAACCAGAAGGACGCCCCGUGGUGCUUCACCUUGGAUGAGAACUUCAAGUCGGAGCUCUGCGAUGUCCCAGCCUGUGAUUACAAGGAUUCCAAGGAAAAGAAUAAAAUGGAAAUCCUGUACAUCCUGGUGCCAAGUGUCACCAUCCCCCUGGCCAUAGCCUUGCUCUUUUUCUUCAUCUGCAUCUGUCGAAACAACCAGAAAUCCUCGUCCCCUCCAGUGCAGAGGCAGCCAAAACACGUCCGGGGACAGAACGUGGAGAUGUCCAUGCUCAACGCCUACAAACCAAAGAGCAAAGCCAAGGAACUGCCCCUCUCCGCCGUCCGCUUCAUGGAGGAGCUGGGGGAGUGUGCCUUUGGGAAGAUCUACAAGGGCCACCUCUACCUGCCGGGCAUGGACCACGCCCAGCUCGUGGCCAUCAAGACCCUCAAAGACUUCAACAACCCGCAGCAGUGGGCGGAAUUCCAGCAGGAAGCGUCGCUGAUGGCCGAGCUGCACCACCCCAACAUCGUGUGCCUGCUGGGCGUGGUGACCCAGGAGCAGCCCGUGUGCCUCCUGUUCGAGUACACCAACCAGGGCGACCUGCACGAGUUCCUGGUCAUGCGCUCGCCCCACUCCGACGUCGGCUGCAGCAGCGACGAGGACGGCACGGUCAAGUCCAGCCUGGACCACGGAGACUUCCUGCACAUCGCCGUGCAGAUCGCCGCCGGCAUGGAGUACCUGGCCGGACACUUCUUCGUCCACAAGGACCUGGCCGCCCGUAACAUCCUGAUCGGGGAGCAGCUCCACGUGAAGAUCUCCGACCUGGGGCUCUCCAGGGAGAUCUACUCGGCCGAUUAUUACAGGGUGCAGAACAAGUCGCUGCUGCCCAUCCGCUGGAUGCCCCCCGAGGCCAUCAUGUACGGCAAGUUCUCCUCCGACUCCGACAUCUGGUCCUUUGGGGUGGUUCUGUGGGAAAUAUUCAGCUUCGGCCUCCAGCCCUACUACGGAUUCAGCAACCAGGAGGUGAUCGAGAUGAUCCGGAAGCGGCAGCUGCUGCCGUGCUCAGAGGACUGUCCCCCCAGGAUGUACAGCCUGAUGACGGAGUGCUGGCACGACCUGCCCUCCCGCAGGCCGCGCUUCAAGGAGAUCCACGCUCGCCUGCGCUCCUGGGAGGGCCUGUCCAGCCACACCAGCUCCACCACACCCUCGGGCGGCAACGCCACCACCCAGACCACCUCGCUGAGCGCCAGCCCCGUCAGCAACCUCAGCAACCCCAGGUACCCCAACUACCUGUUCCCAGCACAGGGCAUCCCCCAGGGCCAGCUGGCAGGGUUCAUGGGGCCACCCCUGGCUCAGAACCAGCGCUACAUCCCCAUCAACGGGUACCCCAUCCCGCCGGGCUACGCCGCCUUCCCUGCGCCCCACUACGCCCCGCAGGGUCCCCCCAGGGUGAUCCAGCACUGUCCCCCUCCCAAGAGCCGCUCCCCCAGCAGCGCCAGCGGCUCCACCAGCACGGGCCACGUCACCAGCCUGCCGUCGUCGGGCUCCAACCAGGAAGCCAACAUUCCCUUGCUAUCCCACAUGGCCAUUCCCAGCCACCCCGCGGGCAUGGGGAUGACGGUGUUUGGCAAUAAAACUCAAAAACCCUACAAAAUUGACUCCAAGCAGUCUUCGCUGUUGGGGGACUCCAGCAUGCACGGACCCAACGACUCGGUGAUUUCGGCGGAGUUGUAAAUACGCGAGGCCUUUGUAAAUAGGACCCUUCAGACACGGACUCGGAAGGGGGAGGAAAGAUUUUUUUUUUUCUUUAUUUUCUCUAUUCAGAUAUUUUAUUAAAGAUCCUUUUCUGGUUGUUGUUGGACAGACAUUGCAGCAAAAGUGUCUUCUGUGAAGUUUCACUGCUCGCCAGGAUGGGCAGGCACAACCAGACAGAACCUCCUGGUGGGAAUCUUCAGCCUUGGCCACGUUUCUCCAAGUGCCACUGACAAUUCUAAGAGAGGAAGAGGGAAUUUGAGUUUUUUUUUUUAAAUAAGAACAUUUUAUCCGACAUUUUUUCACAGCUUUUUAAACCUCCGGCAGGGUUUAAAUCACAGGAACUCUUUUUUUUUUUUUGUUAAAUACUGAAAACCAUAUUUUAAUAUUUGUCUCUUUUUUUAGGAGAUGCAAAGAUCCGGAGACCUGGGUGUGCAAUUUCAGUGCCAAUAGGGAAAAUAUUUGUAAAUGUUGCAGUCGAGGAUUGCGUUUCAAAUGUAUGAUCUGAGAGCUGAAUCAAUUACUUCAGGUGGGAUUUUGGGCUUUGGUUUAGCUGGGAAUCUGAGCUCAGAUUCAGACCAAAAAAUGUCAUUUUUGUGACAGCACAAAUGCUGGAGUUAUCAGCUUGCAGUCUACAAACCUCAUCUGCUACUGGCUGCUAAGGACAGCUGGAGUUCUUAAGGAAUUGCCUUAAAGGAAAUGAAAUUAAAGGGCUUUAAUUUCAGAACCUGAAUCAGC